AUGGAUGAGCAGGACCCGCAUUCAUUGAAAGAUGACAGCUCGGCUACCACACUAUGGAAAAUGUACUCGAAAGCGAAGGCAGGACUUCCGUACAGGUCGAGGAUGGAAAACCUAACUUGGAGAUUGAUGUAUCUCAACAUGAAGAAGCGAGAUCCGAUGGCUGGGGAGCAGAAAGGCCAGUCCAGCAGAAGGGGGAGCAUGCGGAGUGCAAGUGCAGGGCCCAGGAAUGAGGAUGAGCUGUCGGUUUCUCCGAAGUCAACGGGUGGAAUUUCCACAGGUGGCACAAACAGCUCUUUUCUGGCCACAAACAGCCCCGGAUCGGAUUGGCCGCAGUUUCCGGACCUCGGCCUGAUAUCAGGCGGUAGCAAGCACGAGAAUGCACGUGGCACGGAUGCCGAGGAAAGCUACAUGUCGAGUUUGCGAGAGAUUGGAGGCCAGGGGUCUUUUUAUGGUGGCAGGCAUCUGGAAAAACAUGAUUCGUGGAGUAACAACAGCCCGCCAGACCAAUCGCAGGCCAGGCAGUUUGAGAACAUGCCGCUAUCGCCUGUGAUUGGCUCGAAAAGGAAGCAGAUCUCGCCCGUGAUCUAUCCGCAGCAGUCGAAGCUCUCGCAAUCGUUGCUUAACCAAACCAGGAGACCCAAAACGGCCGGCAGCAACAUUGAUGAGGCUGCAGACAUGAAUACGACACCCGCGGCAGACUCGGGGCUUGAAAUCGACCCGAUUUCACUCGAUACUGCCCUCGGAGUGGAAAGUUCGCCGUUCAGCACCCGAGGAUCCACCCCUUCGUCUGCAGUUCCACCCUAUUUAAACCCUGUCAGUGCCAGCAUGACCAAUAUCUCGCACCUGGCCCCAUCUGGAGGUGCUUUGCGUGGUUCGCAGGUUGUUUCGCAGUCUGUGCCGGGCUCCUUUGCCGGCAUCGACGGAAACCAGAGGCAAUUGCCCUUUCUGAACACUCCUACAUCCAUGGUAUCGCACUUCCCCGGCCCAGCAGCCGUUGACGAACGUUUCAACUUCGAUCUAGACGGCAGCGACUUUUCCAUGCCAGGAAUAGCACCGGAAAUACUGCAGCACGGCCUGCAGCAGCCCCAGCGGCAGCUGAGCCGAGCAUCUUCCGGUUCUGGCCGUUCCCCUGGGAAAUCCGGCGGCAAAAGCGUAUCUGGGCUGAAGGCAGGCCGGAAACGGGUCGGCCCACGCAAAAAAUCGACUGCCAAGAGCAGAAAGGCCUCGAUGUACCACGGCAGUGCAAGCGGUGGGGCCAAGAAUGGAGGUUCGCAGGAGAUCUUUUGCACAAACUGCCAUACCAAGACAACUCCGCUUUGGAGACGCAACCCGGAGGGAAAGCCACUCUGUAAUGCGUGUGGCUUGUUUCUGAAGCUUCACGGCGUGGUCAGGCCUCUCUCGCUGAAGACAGACGUGAUUAAAAAGCGGCAGAGGAACAGUUCGAAACGCGGCAGGAAAAAAACUGACGGUGACGAUCUGCACCCGACACCUUUGGCCCUGGGGAAGCGUUCAGACGACAAUGACUCGUCUGCUGGAACCCCGGGCUCAUCCCGGGGCCACCAGAAGUCCUCUGGGGCCACUGUUCAGAGGUCUCGCGGCUCUAAUUUGGGCAAACAGGCGGGUAUUCAGAAAUCUGGCGGCCAAACGGCUGCAACCGUGAAUUCCGCCCAAAGCGGCACAAAAAUGGACAGUACGCCGUUGUUCGGCGGGCAGGACCCGUUCGACAUGUUCGGCGUUAAGGAAAAUACCGACUUCGACCAGAAUUUGGACGGACUAAACCCUCAGAUGGAGGGUCUUGGCCUGGUGUCUUUGGCCGACUCGACUAAUCGGCAAGGUUCCAGCACCGCGGGUGCACCCCAGCAUUCUGGGGGUGCUGCCGGUUCUACUGGGGCCCCCAAGGCUGAUUCUACGCAGCACGAGGACAAGGAUGCCAACCAGAGCCUUGACUGGCUCACGAUGUCGUUGUGA